UUAUAUAUUGCACUCUAGUUUCUCUUCUCCUCUCCCUUUAAACUCUUCAUCUUUCUUUGUUCAUCAAGACAAAAGUGAGAGAAUUAGAGAGAAAAGAAGGUGAUCACUUUCUUUAAUCUCUAAAUUAAGAAAUUGAAGAGAUGAAUCCGGUAAACGGGCAGAUAACAGUGCCUCCGGGUUUUCGCUUUCACCCUACAGAUGAAGAGCUCCUCUACUAUUACCUCAGAAAGAAAGUAGCUUAUGAAGCUAUUGAUCUUGAUGUUAUUAGAGAUGUUGAUCUCAAUAAACUUGAACCAUGGGAUCUCAAAGAUAAGUGUAGAAUUGGAAGUGGUCCUCAGAAUGAAUAUUACUUUUUCAGCCAUAAAGACAAGAAAUACCCCACUGGAACAAGAACUAACCGAGCAACAGCUGCAGGGUUUUGGAAAGCCACUGGGAGAGACAAGGCUAUCCAUCUUAGUAACUCAAAAAGGAUCGGCAUGAGGAAAACCCUAGUUUUCUACACUGGAAGAGCUCCUCAUGGCCAGAAGACUGAUUGGAUCAUGCAUGAGUACCGUCUGGAUGAGACCAACUCUGAAGUUCAGGAAGAUGGAUGGGUGGUUUGCCGGGUGUUCAAGAAGAAGAACAACCAAAGAGGAAUUCCACCAGAACAAAUAUUAGAAGAUCAUGAACUUGUAAACGUAAGAGCAAGCUCCUCAGCCCCUGUUGACGAGAAACACUUGUAUCAUCAAAUGCAAUACGAACACUCUUUGAUAGAUAAUUCCAUGCAUCUUCCUCAGUUACUGAGCUCUGAACAAUCUGCCCCUCCUCCUUUCAUGCCUCCAUCAUCUCUGAGCUCUUUAGACCUUGAGUGCUCUCAGAACUUAAUGAAACUCAUGACAUCAAAUGGAGAAGUUCUGGUUCCACAAGAAAGAUUCAAUGGAUCAGACUGGUCAAUACUUGACAAGCUCUUAGGAAACAUUCCACCAACUCAACUCAUGCACAUGGGAUCAUCAUCUUCAUCAACAUCAUCAUCAUCAGCACCAGCACAUAGAUUUCCAUUGCAGUAUCUUGGAUGUGAAACUGAUCUAAUGAAGUUCACAAAGUAAGAAGGUAUUAAGGUUUUAAUGAAUUUGUUUACUACUGUUUGCCUUUCAAGAGUUUUGAUGGUUUAAAUGUAUAUAUUUUGGCAUUGUUUGGGCCAGUAUUACUUUUCAGUAGUCUUAAGAUCUGGAUCCUUUGUUAUUUAACUUUUAUGAUAUCUUUCGAGUUGCAUGACCAUAUA